AUGGAUUCACCACGUCAAAUGAUGGUAGAAACUUCUUCAUAUCUUGAAAACCAUUCCUCAUUUCAUCGUCUUUCUAUUUACCCAAUUUUUGGAGCGACAAGUCUUUUCCUUUAUGUCCCCGAUUUCUCAUGGGUACUUGAAGCUGUUAACACUAGAAUAGCGACAUUAUUUCGCCAACCAUCGGCCCCAAACCCCCCAUUCUCUGUCCGUACCGUUCCUAAUUCGACCUUAUUUUUGGAGCCGUGUAUUCAAAAGGGUAAGUUAAAAUGUGAAUUUCUUUCAAAUUCACCAUCUAUCUUUCCCUUUGACCCUUUGACGCUCCGUUCCGGCCUUCUGAUUGAACGAGGCGAGCGCACAAUUCAGGUGAAGAGAGACUCCGAGACUUGUCAAAACAAUUUGGGACAUCAACAGCGCGCGUCGAUAGAUGGGUUGCCACUACUAUCAUCCACAGACAUGAGCUCCUGGAUGAACGACGCUGCCGUCCAAAAUCAUAAUGGCGCAGGCUUUAAUCACAUUAAUGAAUCGAAUCCUGGAGGAAAUAUGAUGGACCCAUCGGGUUUUAUGUCCACUUCAUCAUCCUUUGAUCCCAAUCAGUUCCAGAAUCAACAAUUACAACAAAGAAUGCAAAAUGGUGGAAUGCGCAAUGGAUCGCCAGCUUUCAAUAACCCUGUGUAUCAGACCAAUCCUGUGAUUCCAUCAAAGAGACCAAGGCCAAGGGAAGAUAGUUUAGGUACAUCACCGAGGCAAGCUUCUGGCAUGUUACCAAACUCUCGCUCACACACUCCACAACAAGCUGCUUAUCCCGGGUUUCAACCUAAUAAUGUCCUUCCACAACAUGCGCCUCAACAGAAUCCAUAUUCACAUCUACAAAAUGGUUCAAGCAAUGCCAGUCCGUCUCCUAUCAUGGCUAACCAGCUACGUCCUGGCGGUGUACCACAACGAGUUUCUACAGCUUCUCCUCAUCCAUUCUCACCUUCACAAUCCGACCAUGGAAGCAGAGUCGAUACACCACAAAGUAGUACAUUCGCUCAGAACACUCCAUAUGCACCUGCAUACAGUCAAAAUUUUACUCCCCCACCUGGACGAACUUCGGCACCACCGCAAGGCGUGAUGUCAACACCACAGAUGCCACCUACAAUGUCACAACCUCAAAUGUAUAAUCAGCAGGUCCCACCACCGAACCAUCAGUCGCAGCAGAAGACAUCUUUGGAUCAAACUAGGCAAAUGUACCAGAUGCGACUACAACAGUCACUCCAGCAGCAACAGCAACAGAGCAAUUUACAUGCUGCGCAACGACAAAACAUGUCACCCAGUGUGAAUCCAUUAUCUCAAGGGCAAAUGAUGCAAGCACCAAAUGGCCAAUUUACUGGCAUGCGACCUCAGCAGCCUUCAUUGGCCCAAAAUCAAAACCAGAACAAUUUCCUCAAAAGCUUGGCUACAUUCAUGCAGUCAAAAGGUCUUCCUUUAGAGACAAAUCCGUUCGUGGGUGAUCGACAUAUCAAUAUUUUUGUGUUGUAUAUGGCAGUUACCAAAUACGGAGGCUACAGGAAUGUCACAACACAAAAUGCAUGGGGACAAAUUGCGCAAGCCAUUCAAAUACAUCCUUUGAGAUACCCAAAUGUGCCUCCGCAACUUAAAGCUUUGUAUGAGAGAAACCUCCUUGCGUUCGAGGAGGCUAUCAACUCAAAUAUGCAACGGCAAAGAGCAGCCGCAAUGAAACAGGGCGGCGGCAUCGGGGUGCCCCAAAUGUCGCCCACUAAACAAAUGCCUCCAGCGAACUCUAUGCAAGCGUCACACUAUAUGCAACAGCAAAUGGCCCAGCAGCAACAUCUUCAGCAACAACAAACUACUCCUAUGAAGCAAAUCACUCCUUUACAUCAUAGUCAACAACCUGUCAUGAACGGUUUCUCAACACCACAAGCCCCACAGGUACAUCCGCUAGGGUCUCAGAGCCAUGCUCGAGAUAGCCUGUCGAGGAGCGUUGAGGCUACGCCACCGCAAAACAAUGGUGUCUACCCGAUACCGUCUCCAGCCUCGGUGCCAAAAUCUGGUAGUAUAUCGUUGGCAUCACCUCAUCCUAACAUAGUACCGGCAUUAGAUGAGCAAAUCCAAGAUGAACUAAUGAAUGUUGUCCUCCCAGAGAAACUGAAGAUCUUUUCGCGGGUUCCUGAUGACAACGGCGGCUGCCUUGGUCUACCGACUCUUCGUGAUACCGGAACUCAAUUGUUGAAACUGAAGCCGGAUUUUCCACCACUGACUGAGAUUGGUACCAUUGACGUCCAUGCCUUAACCAUGAGUCUCCAAUCGGGACUGCAUGCCGAAGUUCGUCUGGCUUUAGAUACUCUGGCGCUUGUAUCCUCGGAACAGCGCCUACCUAUGGAGUUGAGGUAUUGUGACGAUCUAGUCGAGACACUUGUUGAUUGCGCCGAGGAGCAAGUUGAAUUAUUGGCCGAGAACGCAGCAGAGGUGUCGGAUAUGAUGCUCAUAAAUUCAUACGAAGAUGUUGUCCGCGCCUGCCAGGCUGAGAAGGAAAGCCUCCAAGAUAUUCCACCGUUUGGAUCAGAAGAGUACCAGGUAGACCGAGCUGUCGAGAAGUUAAUUUGCAUAACCAGCAUUAUGCGAAACCUUUCAUUUCAUGAACCGAAUCUUUUGUUCCUUGCAGAGGAGUUUGUUAUCAAAUUCUUCUGUGUGGUAAUAAGAUAUCUAGGAACUCGAAAUAUGCUACUCAGGACGAAUCAAAACACGCUAGAAUUUAUGAAAGAUGGCGUUGUUUUAUUAUCAAAUAUCGCACAUGAGAUCAAGCUACCUGGUCGCGAACAGGCAUUAUGUUUACUGCAUUUCAUCUUAGCAUUCGCCCCUUGCCCGCCUCCAAACACAAUGGGAUCUGAUAAAAUCACAUUCUCGCAGUACGAGCCAACUAUCCAUUAUUAUAUCUAUCCGGCUAUCGACAGUCUUGCUAAGCUUCUUGCGCGGGACGAACCAAACCGAACGCAUUACAAAACGAUUUUUGCCUCUGACGUGUCUUCCUCCCCACCUUUCGACCUUCUGACAAGGACAUUCGCCCUGUCUAUUUCGGUGAUACCUGACCAGCAGAAGGAUCCUAAACGGGGAACGUUCCUACCUUUGGUGGAAGCACGAAAACCAAUGUUGAUGCAAGGCAUACUGGCCGCAGAACUGCUCGCAAAUCUUGCACCAGGGUAUGACAGUGGCAUUGCGAAAGCCUGGUUGACUUCAGAGGAUGGCUUUGCAAAGAAUCUUUCGCACCUUGUAUUAACAUUAUGCCACGAAGCUCCACAGGGUCCUUCGCACGGUAGAGUUUCUGCCGUACCCAAAACGACUGAGGAAGAGGCAAUGUUACAUAUCAUUCUUGGUGGCAUUGGAAUAUUACGUCGACUGGCUGAGAAGUCACGAGACCCUGAAGACCCGACCUCUAUGAUACCCAUACCUGGAAUGCCAACGACGGAACGAAUAAUAAAACUACAUGAACGCAAGCAGCCUAGGCUGAAGGAGGCAUUGCGACAAUUGUGCACUUUUACAAGUCUUGGCUAA